AGCAGCUCUGGCUCUUCGCCCGUGGGGUGGCCCGAUGGGCCUGCGCGCCAGCUCCUCGGACCUGGAGGACGGCGCAUGCGAGCAGGACCUCGGCCGCACCCUGCCGCUGGAGGAGGGCUCGCGCGGCAGCUCCCCGGGCUGCCCGCGCCAGCAGGGCUCCGGUCGCGCCCUGGGCCCGCGGGGCAGCUCCCCGAGCCGCCCGUGCGAGCGGGGCCCCGGCCGCACCCAGACUUCCCUUCCGCUGGAGGAAUUCGCCCGCGAGUUCGGGCCCCGCCUGCAGCCCGGCGAAGGGCCGUGCCCGGGCGCGUUGCUGCGAUUGACUGGUGCCGUCGCCGCCGUGAGGCCGCUGUCCGGCCGCGUGCUCUUCUUGGACGUGGGCCGCGGCUCAGAGGUCCUGCAGGUGUGCCUGCGGGCCGAGGACUGCGGCGUCGCGAGGCUGCGGGAGCUCGCCGUGGUGCGCUCGGGCCUGGCGCGGGGCUCGCCGGUCUGCGUCGUGGGGCGCCCCGGGAAGACUGGCGGCGGCCCGCGCGACGGCCUCAGCAUCUUCGCCACCAGCAUCUGCGCUGUGCCCGCGCCGGAAGGCGGUUGCCGCGGCCACGCGCCCACGGUGGAGGUCCUGGCAGACGGCGGCCAGCUGUGGCGAGAGGAGGGCGCGGCGCGAGCUGCGGGAGCCGUGCCCCAUCACUACGCCAUGCUGCGGUUGGCCUACUUGGGCGACGCCGCCGCGUCGAGCGGCUGGCAACGGCAGCAGCCCGCGCAGGAGGCCGCGCGGCCGUCGCGGCAGGCCCUGCUGGAGCGCGCGCUCGCGGCCGCCUGCGGCGGGGAGGCCCCGGUCGUCCAGGCCGCACCGACCGGGGCGUGCACGCGAGAGACCAGGUGGCCGUCGUGCGCCUGCCCCCCGGCUGCACGGUGGCCUGGCAGGGCACCGGCGACGGCGAGGGAGGACCGGCGCUGGCGGCAGCAGUCGCCGCCGCCUGGUCGCCCGAUGCCCUUGUGGCUGCGCUUAACGACGCGCUGCCAGGCGGCAUGGCGGUGGUCAGCGCGGCCCCGGCCUCCGACAAGCGCGUUGAUUUUGCGGCAAAGCGGUACCGCUACCUCGUCCAGCAGCCCCCUGCCGGCUGCACCGCCGACUCGAGGCCGCGGCCCUCGUGGCGAGUCCAGGACGCCUGGCCGUACGCCUGGUUCGUGCACGACCGCCUCGACGUGGGGCUCAUGCGGGAGGCGCUCUCGCUCGCGGUCGGGGCCCACAGCUUCGGAGGAUCGGGGGGAGCCUCGCGGCAGACACGAGCCGCAAGAGCACCGAGAGGGUGCUGCUGCAGGCCUCCAUAGCAGAGGCCGCGGUGGCGCCAGGCCUCUUCGAGCUCCCCGGAGGGGGGGGGCCAGAGCGGCCCGCCUGGCCGCAGGAGGAGGGCCCCGAGUCAACGGUGCUGGUUGUGGAACUUGUCGGCGCCGGCUUUCUGAAGCACAUCCCACGGGCGAAGCUCGCCGGCCUGUCCUCGGAGGAGGAAAUGGUACCGAUACCUGUACCCCACCCGUUUUCCCCUGUUUGGGCCUCCUGGGAGGCCCGCGUCGCCACCGCUGGAUUCGCAUCUCGAAAUCCUGGGCAGAACUCACCCCCGGCCGGGAGUAGCGAUAUCGGUACCUUUUGACGCCCCCAUUCCAGAGAGGGCCUCACCGACCUCGCGCUCCCCCGCCCCGGCCGAAGCCAACUCGCCUGUUCUAUACGACGAGCCCAGCUCGCCUCGCAUCUUGCGCCUCGUGACGCUUGCCGGCCAAGCUAGCAGGGGCCGGCAGACUCUUUCUCGAAGAAACUCUCCCCACCUCGGCCCGGAUGCUCUCUCGCCCCCGCUUGGUGCCCACGGUGCCCCUCACGCCCUGCCCCCCCUCCCUCCCCCCGUCCUGGAUCUCUCCGCCUUUCCCCUGAGAGUAGGGGCGCGCCCGCGGGAGGGGCGAGCUGCGGCGGCGGGCCCCUCCUGCCAGCUCCGGCCACGGCUUGCGGAAGCAGGCGUCCCUCAGGGCCCCCGCGACGGUGUCGUGAUCACGCUGUGCAGGGCCCAGCUCGAUCCCAUCGAUCCGCU